CCUUGAGGCUCAUAUUCAUCAUCCGCUUCACAGAUAAAGAGAGAGAGAGAGAGAUCGGAAAAUGUCGGUUUCGGCGAUAUUCGGCACCGGAAUCACCGCCGUAGCUCCGCCUCUCGCCAUCGGAUUCCGGCGGAAGAGUAUGGGAAGCGGUGGAGGAGCGACGGCGAUAGAGUGCUCGUCGCGGCCGCAGAAGAAAGCGACGAAGCAUCACAUGAAGUCGAGGCCGAAAAAGACGCAGCCAUGGGACGUGAAGAGGAAGCCCACCGUCUACUCUCCUUUGCCUCCUCUCCCUCCGGACUACACCCUCCUCUCCGGUGAAUCCUCCGCCGCUGAAGCUGCCGCCAGGGAAUCUCCUUUGUCCUCCGCCGCCUCCUGAUUCGACCCUCUGUUGUCGGUCUCUGUUGACACUCUGUUUGCUGUUUUCCCUUUCGAUUAUGUGAGGCUUUCUGCUGAAAUUUUCUGUAUGGUUUUCUGGGUCUGUGUUUUCUUGGUGGAUUGACGAUGAAUUUGCUUUGAGAAUUUCUGGAUUUUGUUUUCUUGAUUUUGUAUUCCUCGGUGAAGCUAACCGGUAAUUUGGUCCGGAUGAUUGUGUUC